GUUUACUUCCGGUUGUCCGGUAGCAACAAUCACUACAACAAGGCGGCAGUGGCGGUACUGGACAGCACUGUAGUAUAACGGACCCAUUUCCAAGAUGUCGGAGUCAGAAACGCCCCCUAUGCUGGGGUCCCCGGAGAUGGAAGCGCAGGCCCACGCCCUUGUGGACAUGGUGAUAGAAAGCGCCAGACAGAGGCUCGUGGAAGAGGAGAAAGAGAAGGAGGCUGAGCAUCAGGCACAGGAGGCUGUGAUGGGGACCCAGAAGUAUGGUUACUAUGACUACCUUAUGCUAGAAGACAAGGAAGAAGACUACACUGUCAAAAACAUCACCUGGCCGAGAGCAGAGGAGUUUACCAUCAAACUAGGGGAUGAGAAGAUCAAUGAAUUCAUCAAGACGUGGGACUAUGAAGGCAGCUGGCUGUACUGCAUCGACUUCCUGCAGGAGGAAGACCACGAGUACGACAAACGGUAUCGUUACCGCGUACGCUGGAGCAUCCCCACCAGGAGGAAACCCAUCCCGCGUGCGACGGCCUGCGUUUAUUUCACCAUCGAGGUGUCGAAAAUUAAACCCAAGAAUUUUCCAGUCCAGGUGUACUAUGUGUUUGAGACAAACAAGCUGGUACACAGACCGGGCCAGUCCAGAUUCAGGGAGAAAUGGCUGAAGGACAUCAUCGAGAGCAAGAUCAUCGCCAUGGAAACUGUCAACUUUUAAGGACAACACAGACGGAAAACCUGUGGCUAUGACAUUUUUAUCAU